ACAAAGGUCUUGCUGAAAUAUCAGCUCACUGUUUGGACACCGGGUCAGUUUCAUCAUGGUUUCCUAUCAUCACAGCAUUCUGUUUUUCUUCUUUUUCCUGGUAUAUCCGCUUUUGCUGACUGCAGUCUUCUUAAAUCAUGAGGAAGCUAGCAGUAUGCUACAAAGGAAAAAGCGAGCCAAUUCCUUCCUGGAAGAGCUGAAGGCGGGAUCUUUGGAGCGAGAAUGCUUAGAAGAGCAAUGCUCACAAGAGGAAGCUAGAGAAAUCUUCCAGGAUGACAAAAGGACUAGAGAAUUCUGGGAGUCCUAUAUAGCUCUCCAAAAUUGCAAGUCCAACCCUUGCCAGAAUGGUGGGACAUGUUCGGGCCAUUACAAGACAUAUAUGUGCCUGUGUCCUGUGGGGUAUGAAGGCAGAAACUGUGAAACAGCGGAAAUAGAAAAACUGAAGUGCAUUUAUGACAAUGGCAAUUGUCACCAUUACUGCAGAGAUACCCCAACUACAGAACGGGAGUGUUUUUGUGCCAAAGGAUACAGGCUAGCCAGUGAUGAAAUAUCUUGCAUCCCAGAAGAUGAUUAUCCAUGUGGGAAAAUACCCAUUUUGGCCCAAAGAAAUGAGAGUCAGGGAGGAAGAAUUGUAGGUGGUCAUGUCUGUCCUCCAGGUGAAUGCCCAUGGCAAGUACUCUUAAUUGAUGGAGUAAAACAAAAAUGUGGAGGUGUUCUACUUGCUCCAUCAUGGGUAGUUACUGCAGCUCACUGCUUGGACCAUACGCAUCCCAGAGUACUCAGGAUAAAAUUGGGUGAAUAUGACAGAGAUUAUGAAGAAGAGGCUGAACAGGAAAGGAGAGUUGCUGAAAUUAUAAUCCAUGAGCAAUAUAUCCCAAAAAAGACUGACAAUGACAUUGCCUUACUACGAUUAGACAAGCCAGUAAACUUUACUGAUUAUGUGAUACCCAUAUGCUUGCCUGAGCAACAGUUUGCUGCGACUGUCCUGUCCUCCAUUAAAUUUUCUACAGUGAGUGGAUGGGGGCGAUUAAUAGAAGGUGGGGCUACUUCCUCUCUCCUUUUACGAGUGAAUCUUCCUCAGAUAAAGACUAAAGAAUGCAUUCAGCACACUAACUUCAAUAUUACAAGGAACAUGUUUUGUGCCGGGUAUUUGACAGGGACUAAAGAUGCAUGUGAAGGUGACAGUGGGGGUCCCCAUGCCACCCAGUACAAGAAUACUUGGUUUCUUACAGGAAUUGUGAGCUGGGGAAAGGGGUGUGCAGCUGAAGGCACAUACGGAGUUUACACAAAAGUAUCACGGUACAUUGAAUGGUUGAACAAUCACAUGUCUCACUAAAUCAGACAGUUUCUACAUUAUAUGCUGCUGUAUAUCUAGCUAUUUUUGACAUUUCUCUCUUCAGUAGUUUUAACCACCUUCAAUAAAUUAAAGAUCCAACUAA